AUGACUGGCCACAUGCAGUCCACAGGCCGAGGAGGUGCCGGCAACAUUGGCGAUAUCACCAAGUCACCAAAGAUCUUGCCUAAGGACCUGGAGACACCUACUUUGAAGACUUCGGUGGUGACAACGGGUCGCGGUGGCAGUGGAAACAUGACUCCCAACAAGGAUCCAGCCGAGACUCGCGCUCUGCAGGACGUAGGACCUGUCACACGGCGGCCCAGUGAGGGUGCAACGCACGUCGGCCGCGGAGGAGCCGCCAACGUCGCCAAGAUGAAUGCCGAGCAGGCCGGAAAGGGCAAGCAGAAUGAGAGCGCCGUUGAGGAUGAUGUCGAUGCUGCCCCAAAGAACGAGGGCAAAGAGCGCAGCAAGAGCCCCAGCCUCAAGACCAAAGGCAAGGAGUGGCUCCAGAACCUUGGCAAGAAGGCUUAG